CUUCAUUGACUGGCUUAUGCAUAAUAUUAUGCUUUGAUCUCUUCUUCAAUCCUCCCAUCUUCUGUUUCUUGUUUCUCUAUCCAUUUGUUUCAGUCAAACAUCAAAUUCUUAUGAUAUGGACCCUUAUAAUUAUUCAACUUUUAAUUUGACAUUUUUAUUCAAUUGCUCCUUUCACUUUCAAAACUUUCAAAUAUACACCUCAUUUCCUGCCUUCUUUUUUCUCAUCUCCAUUUUCAUACUCUCUGCUUCUUGGGGUGGCUCAGUUUUUCAAUCAUGGGAAAUUUCUGUGGGAAGCCUGCUAAAUGUGCUCAUGUUUCUUCUACUAAUUUUGCUCCUCCUGGAAGUAAGAAACCUUAUAGUGAUAAUGAGGGGAAGCAGAAUUUUACUGGUUCUUCACAGCAAGCAUUAGUAGGAAAUAUGAACAAGUCUUUGAGUUUUUCCUCAAUUGAUACAUCUGUUCCAAGUAAUCUCAAAUCUUUUAGCUUUAAUGAGCUAAAGAAUGCUACCAAGAAUUUUCGCUCGGAAACGAUUCUCGGAGAGGGUGGUUUUGGAUGUGUUUUUAAAGGGUGGCUUGAUGGUAAUACUUUAGCUCCUGCAAAACCAGGGAGUGGGAUUGUUGUAGCAGUUAAGAGGCUCAAGGCUGAAAGCUUUCAGGGUCAUAAGGAAUGGCUUGCGGAAGUGAACUAUCUAGGCCAACUUCGCCAUGACAAUCUAGUGAAGCUCAUUGGCUAUUGUGCUGAAUAUGAGAAUAGACUUCUGGUUUAUGAGUUUAUGCCAAAGGGAAGUCUGGAGAAUCAUUUAUUCAGAAAAGGGGAUCAACCUAUAACUUGGGCUACACGGAUGCACAUUGCAAUUGGUGUGGCAAGGGGAGUGUCUUUCUUGCAUGGUUUAAAUGCUAAUGUGAUUUAUCGCGAUUUGAAGGCAUCUAAUAUUCUACUUGAUUCGGAUUAUAAUGCAAAACUUUCAGAUUUUGGCUUAGCAAGAGAUGGUCCUACCGGAGAUAACACUCAUGUUUCAACCAGAGUGGUAGGAACUCGAGGUUAUGCUGCACCAGAGUAUAUAGCUACAGGUCACCUGACUCCAAAGAGCGAUGUGUACAGCUUCGGAGUGGUCUUGCUAGAAUUACUAUCAGGAAAAAGGGCAAUGGAUGAUGAGAGAGUUAAUUACAUUGAAGAAACUCUAGUGGAUUGGGCAAAACCGUUCCUAAGCGACCCAAGGCGAGUUUUGAGGAUCAUGGAUACUAGAUUAGGCGGUCAAUACUCGAAGAAAGGUGCUCAGGCUGCUACUGCACUUGCAUUGCAAUGUUUGCAUACUGAUUCGAAAAAUCGACCAUCUAUGAUGGAAGUUCUAACCACAUUAGAGAAACUAAACGCAUCAGCUGAUAAUACCCCAAGAACACCUCCUCCUGCUAGGCUAAACAAUCACAGGGUCAGCCACAUGCAUAGUCCUCAGACUCCUCAUAGGAUUAAUAGAGCAGCUUCUAAUCUGGUCUAACCGAUGUCUCACUCGUGUGUGAUCGAUGCAUCACUCGUGUUUACGCAUGUAGCCACAGUAUUUAUAUGAACGCUCAUGUUCGAGAUCAGUUUUGCAGGCUACUAGAGCCUUUUGAGCUACAAAUUUGUCAACUUGCUGAUGAAUUAGUGUCUUGUGAACAAAGGUAUUGUGUACUAGAUGAGUAGUAUGUACAGUUUUUUUGUUUGUUAGAAUGAUGAAUUAUAAUAUAUAGAAAAAGUUGUUGUGUCAGUAA